UCACGAUGGAGCUGCAAAGAAUCUUUCCGGCCCUGUUUACGCAAUCGGAGGACUCCCCAGUUCGCUCGCGGGACGCGACCCUGUACCUGCUGCGCUGCAUCUUCCUGAUGGGCGUACGCAAGCCCCCUGCAAAAUUCUUCGUGGCCUACGUCCUUUGGUCCAUUGCCCUGAAUUUCUGUUCCACAUUUUACCAACCCAUCGGAUUUCUCACGGGCUACAUCAGCCAUUUGUCGGAGUUCUCGCCGGGAGAGUUUCUUACUUCGCUCCAGGUGGCGUUUAACGCGUGGUCCUGCUCCACCAAGGUGUUGAUUGUGUGGGCACUGGUCAAACGCUUUGACGAGGCUAAUGCCAUCCUCGACGAGAUGGAUAAACGUCUCACAGAGCCCGGCGAGCGACUACAGGUUCACCGCGCUGUCUCCCUUAGCAACCGGAUAUUUUUUUUUUUCAUGGCAGUGUACAUGGUUUACGCCACGAAUACGUUCCUUUCAGCUAUCUUUAUUGGAAGGCCUCCUUACCAAAAUUACUAUCCGUUCCUGGACUGGCGAUCCAGCAGAUUGCACCUCGCCCUACAGGCCAGCCUGGAGUACUUCGCCAUGGCUGGUGCCUGUUUUCAAGAUGUUUGUGUGGAUUGCUACCCCGUUAACUUCGUCCUCGUGCUUCGGGCACAUAUGUCUAUCUUUGCGGAGCGUCUCCGGCGUCUUGGCACAGAUCCUUCGGAGAGCACGGAGCAGCGAUUCGAGCGAUUAGUGGAAUGCAUACAUGACCACAAGGCCAUACUGCGGUAA